AUGCUCCAAGACCUGAGCAACGCAAGCCUUCAAGUUGGACUUCAAAUGAAUCGAACCAAGACUCAAGUGAUGACCAACAGCAAGAACCGUACGGUUAUGGUUGCGGUAGACGGGCAGACUAAACACUAUGUUGACGAGUAUAUUUACUUGGGCCAGUUAGUCUCUUUCAGCAACAGGCAAGACAAAGAAAUCGAGCGCCGUGUCGAAAACGCCUGGAAGAGCUACUGGUCCAUGAAAGAGCUGAUGAAGGGUAGCCUUCCAUUGUCACUGAAGCGAAAACUCGUCGACAUGUGUAUCCUGCCCAUCCUUACCUACGGUGCUCAAACAUAG